AUGCCGACCGAACGCGACUACCAAAUCUCUCCGAUCGUGCAGGAGUCCGUGAUGCACAACACAAAGGCCCUGUCAAAUCUGCAAAGUCUCACAGCGUCCCUGUUCGGCGUCGCCGCCGGCAUCCUCGGGCUCGAAUCCUACAGCGGCUUCCUCUUUUACAUCCUCUUCUCGUUUCUCACCGUCCUCCUCGUCUACGUCUUCCACAUCGCGCCGCAAUCGACUGCUGCAGGACUUCCGUUCCUCAGCACUAGCCGGUACUUCAGGGGGCCUUUCGAGUUCUGGACCGGUGGAUUGUUUGCUGGGCUCCCGGGUUUCAUCCUGACCUGGACACUCUUCUAUGGCCUUGUAAGGGCAUGA